AUGUCAUCCUCUGUUCACUUCAAGUUCAAGUCUCAAAAGGAGCCUUCAAGGGUGACUUUUGAUGGCACCGGUAUCUCUGUCUUCGAAUUGAAAAGAGAAAUUAUCAAUCAGAGUAGACUGGGUGACGGGACUGACUUUGAGCUGUCUAUCUACAAUGAAGAUACUAAAGAAGAAUACGACGAUGACACCAGCAUAAUACCGCGUUCUACGUCCGUCAUUGCUCGGAGAUUGCCUGCAUCACGCCCAGGGAAGGGUGGUGCUGCUCGUUAUGUUUCCGGGAAAAUGCCAGUCAAUGCGCGCAGUGCCCCCCGUAAUGAACAAUUUCCCUUGACUCGAGCAUCUCCCAAUACUAGCAACGGUGUUCUAGAGCUCAACAAUGCCCAGACGGAGGAAGAGAAGAUCAAUGCACUGUUCAAUUUGCAAGCAAAUCAAUGGAAAGAACAGCAGCAGGAAAUGGCAAACGCUACCCCUGUUCCAUUCGGCCGUGGAAGGGGUAGACCUGUGAAUGUUCCUGAUCACCCCCCUCCCCCCGGCUACUUAUGUUACCGCUGUCGACACUGGAUCCAAGCUUGCCCCACAAAUAAUGACCCCAAAUUUGAUGGGAAGUAUAGAGUAAAACGAUCAACUGGUAUACCCCGUUCAUUACAAACCAAGGUCGAAAAGCCGGAAUCCCUCACCCUGGACGGCUCAAACGAGGAUCCGAGGAACACAGGUGUCAUGGUUAAUGCCGACGGCGAUUUCGUCAUAGCGAAGCCUGACAAGGCAGCCUGGGAAUUAUACCAGGAGAAAGCCAAAGCCUCCGCAGCAGCCGCAGCAGAAGCAGCAGCAGCAGAGUACAGCAAAGAACUGCAAGCACGUGGUUUAGAGUGUCCGAUUGACAAGCGAAUGUUUUUAGAGCCCACUAGAACUCCGUGCUGUCAAAGGACAUACUGCAAUGAUUGUAUUACCAAUGCAUUGAUCGAGAGCGAUUUUGUAUGCCCUGGCUGUGGAACGGAGGGAGUAUUACUCGAUAAUCUUACUGUUGAUGAUGAGGCUAUCAGCAAGAUCAAAGAGUACGAAGCUGAAAAAGCGGAUUCGAAGAAAGAGAAGGACAAGCAACAGGCAAAUGACAAUGGUCCCGGUAUUGACAAAUCAGCCAUGCAAGGCAAAGGGCCUGUUGCAAAUACGGAGUCUUCGCCACCAAUUCCGCCUAGUCAACCAGCUUCGAACAAAAGACCUGCUGAAGAUGAACCUUCCCGUACUGCCACUGGUGGAUCAAGUCCUAGUUCGUUGUCCAAAAAGCUGAAGACAAACGACAAGGCCAAUUCACAAAAUACACAGGCUACUGGGCCUGUGGCCGGUUUUCCAGCUUUCCCAUUCGGCCAGCAGAUGCCGUUCGGGAAUUUUGGAUUCAUGCCGAACCAGGGGAUGCCUACGAUACCAUUGUCUGAUCCUAUGAACUCUAUGGGUGUUCCUUCGUCUGGUGGUUUCCCACCUAACAUGGAUCAAUCGUGGAAUCCCAUGAAUGCUAUGAAUUUUAGCCCUGCCCCAGGAAUCUAUGGCGACAAUGUGAACAAUUAUGCCACACCGAACCUUUACAACGGCGUCGGAGAGCCAUCUAUGAACAUGUUCCACAUGCCUCAAAUGAUGGGACUUCAACCGAAUCCUGGUCUUGCGCAAGGUCCCGGAAUAGGUCGAUUUUCAAACCAGCAGAGAACAACGUUUAGUACACCAUUUGCCAGGGAAGAAGAUACGGCUUAUUUUCGGCAACCUGUUAAUCCACAACGGCACCAAGCGAGACACAGGAGGAUACGACCAAGUGACUAUCGAGAGCUUUGA